UCUCUGAUGAACUCCGUGAUUGGUGUCGUCGUUGAGAGCACCUUAUCAAGCGCGCGAGCUACGGCAGAUCGAGAGAAGAAGGUGAAGGAGCGAAUUGAUAAGUUGGUGCUGCAAUCCAUGCGCGAAAUCUUCGAAGCAGCAGACACCGACAAGUCUGGACGGCUGGACAAGGACGAACUGCAAGCGUCCUUCC